AUGGAGCCAAAACCAUGGGUGAAUCUGUUUAAAGGUAGUACACUCCCUUCUAAAGGUUUUGCGUUGAAUUUUAUUGCUCCCACAGUUUGUGAUGGCACACCCAUAGCUGUACUUGAUAAGAAUGAGAUUCAAAAAAUGAAUGAUCUAUGGGGAAAUGCAACUGUCAUGUAUGUGGUUGGGGAAAAGCCUUCGAUUGGUGCUAUAUUGAGAUUCAUUGAAAAAGAAUGGCAUCAAGUUAGUAAACCUCAGAUUUUCCUCCAUGAUGAGGGUUAUUUUGUGAUUAGAUUUCAGUCAAAGAAGGACAAGGAAUCAGUUCUGGUGGCUGGUCCUCAUAUGUUCUUUGGCAAACCUAUGAUUGUUAAACCUUGGACAGCAAGUUUUAAUUUCCAGGAGGAAAUAUUGAGGGUUGUUCCAGUGUGGGUUAGAUUGUCUAACUUACCAUUAAGCUGUUGGGGGGGUGAUUCAUUGAGCAGAAUAGGGAGCUUGCUUGGAGAUCCACUAUUUGCUAAUGAAUGUACUUCUAAGAAACAAAGAAUAUCCUUUGCUCGAAUUCUCAUUGAGGUGGAUGUAACUGACAAAGUCAAUACUACAAGAUUUAGAUCAGCUGAUGUGCAGAGAAAAAAGGUUGUGAAGGUGUGGAAACCUAAAGCUGUGCAACCAGUUCUUGAACCAAAAGCUACUGAUGAUUUGAAUACUAAUAAUGCUGUACAAGAGGAUGACGGGGAGAAUGGAGAGUUAUCUGUUAAUGAUAAACCUUUUACUCCAAUUGCUCCAGUUCUUGAUGAAGGGUGGAGAGUUGUUUCAAGGAGAAGAAGAGAUAUCAGAACUCCAGCUCAAACUGUGGGGCUUGCUGAGGUCCAUUUGAGUGGGGAGGAUUUGGUUGUUGGUAGUGAUGGAGUGGACUUCUCAACUGAUCCACCAUGA